GGGUGACGGGAGCUGUCUGUGCCGGAGGAAUCACUUUUUAGGCGCUUGUUUUGGACCGUUGCACAAACACGGAUGCAAACCCCAAGCUCAUCAGCCCCGACAGGUGAGCGCCAGGUCAGCCGCAGGGCGGAGCCCGCCGUCCUCAUCUGCCACUCUCCCUGGCGCUACCACCACCGCGCAGAUUAUAUCUGGGUGCUGGCACCCUGCCACUCCUCUGCCAAUGAAGUACAUCCUGGUCACUGGUGGAGUCAUCUCAGGCAUUGGUAAAGGGAUCAUCGCCAGCAGUAUUGGGAUGAUUCUAAAAUCAUGUGGACUCCGGGUUACUGCCAUCAAAAUUGACCCCUAUAUUAACAUCGAUGCUGGUACUUUUUCACCUUAUGAACAUGGUGAAGUGUUUGUCUUAAAUGAUGGUGGAGAAGUUGAUUUAGACCUUGGAAAUUAUGAAAGAUUUUUGGAUAUUAAUCUUUAUAAAAACAACAACAUCACCACUGGGAAGAUAUAUCAACACGUGAUCAAUAAAGAGAGGCGUGGUGAUUACCUGGGGAGAACAGUACAAGUUGUCCCUCACAUUACUGAUGCUGUUCAGGAGUGGGUUAUGAAUCAAGCCAAGGUGCCUGUGGACGGUAAUAAGGAAGAACCCCAAAUAUGCGUGAUUGAGCUGGGAGGCACCAUUGGAGACAUCGAAGGAAUGCCAUUUGUGGAAGCAUUCAGACAAUUCCAAUUUAAGGCAAAACUAGAGAAUUUCUGUAAUAUCCACGUCAGCCUUGUCCCACAGCCCAGUGCUACCGGAGAACAGAAAACCAAACCCACACAAAACAGUGUCCGUGCUCUGAGAGGUUUAGGUCUGUCCCCAGAUCUGAUUGUCUGCCGAAGUUCUACGCCCAUCGAGAUGGCUGUGAAGGAGAAGAUUUCUAUGUUUUGUCAUGUGAACCCUGAACAGGUCAUAUGUAUCCAUGAUGUUUCUUCCACAUACCGAGUGCCUGUGCUUUUGGAAGAACAAGGCAUUGUUAAAUAUUUUAAGGAGAGAUUAGACCUGCCCAUUGGUGAUUCUGCAAGUAAUUUGCUUUUCAAGUGGAGAAAUAUGGCUGACAGGUAUGAAAGAUUACAGAAAACAUGUUCCAUAGCCCUGGUUGGCAAAUACACCAAGCUCAGGGACUGCUACGCCUCUGUGUUCAAAGCCCUUGAACACUCAGCCUUGGCCAUCAACCACAAGUUGAAUCUGAUGUACAUAGACUCCAUUGAUCUGGAGCAGAUCACUGAAACUGAGGACCCUGUGAAAUUCCACGAAGCUUGGCAGAAGCUAUGCAAAGCUGAUGGUAUUCUUGUGCCUGGAGGCUUUGGAAUCAGAGGAACAUUGGGAAAACUCCAGGCGAUUUCUUGGGCAAGGACAAAGAAGAUUCCUUUUCUGGGAAUUUGCCUUGGGAUGCAGCUAGCAGUAAUAGAAUUUGCAAGAAACUGCCUUAACUUGAAAGAUGCUGAUUCCACAGAAUUUGAGCCAAAUGCCCCAGUUCCUGUAGUGAUUGAUAUGCCGGAACACAACCCUGGCAAUUUGGGAGGAACAAUGAGGCUGGGAAUAAGAAGAACUAUUUUCAAAACUGAAAAUUCGAUAUUAAAGAAACUCUAUGGAGAUGUUCCUUUUAUAGAAGAAAGACACAGACAUCGGUAUGAG